GCUCUAAGAUAGAAGGGGACCCAGCCCACGUUUUCGCUUUUCUGGUUGGAUAAUGUGAAAGUCACUCAGCAAAUUUCAGCCAAUACAUGACGGCGAGCUGCCAAGCAACGCUCGGGUGCUCUUGUGGGAGGGAAUGUGUUCAGCAGUACGGUGGCCUGGAGUAAAGGCAGUGUGGAGCGGGUAACGGGGCCAGCAAGCAGAGGAGUAAACGUUGAACCUCAGCUGGGUGAAGAAGUGUGGUAUGGAGAAUGGUAUUAAGGAAAGUCAAGUGGGUCUGAACAAGAAUGGCACCCAUGUUAUCCUACCCACACCUGUGGUGUCCGAGGAGCCUAAAAAUCACAAAAGUAUCCUCAACUCUUUGCUGUCUGGGGCUCUUGCUGGAGCUGUAGCUAAAACAUCUGUUGCUCCACUGGACAGAACCAAAAUCAUAUUCCAAGUCUUUGCAUAUCCAUAUUUUUCAGUGUCUUCAAACAGAUUUUCUGCCAAGGAAGCCUACAGACUGAUUUACCGCACGUAUUUGAAUGAAGGCUUCCUAAGUUUGUGGAGAGGUAACUCUGCCACAAUGGUGCGUGUGAUUCCCUAUGCAGCCAUACAGUUUUGUGCUCAUGAGCAAUACAAGAACCUGCUUGGUAGUUAUUAUGGCUUCCAGGGAAGUGCUUUGACUCCCAUUCCUCGACUUCUUGCAGGAGCUCUAGCUGGUACAACAGCUACCAUAUUGACAUAUCCCUUGGAUCUGGUGCGUGCACGCAUGGCAGUUACACCAAAGGAAAUGUAUAGUAAUAUCCUUCACGUGUUUAUGCGUAUGUCAAGAGAGGAGGGUCUUAAGUCACUUUACAGAGGAUUUACACCUACAGUGCUUGGUGUCAUCCCAUAUGCAGGGAUCAGCUUUUUCACCUACGAAACGCUUAAAAAGCUACAUGCGGAACACAGUGGCAGAAUGCAACCAUACCCCUUUGAGCGAUUGCUAUUUGGGGCCUGUGCAGGACUCUUUGGACAGUCUGCUUCAUACCCAUUGGAUGUGGUGAGGAGGCGAAUGCAAACUGCAGGAGUGACAGGACACACAUAUGGAUCAAUCAUCGGCACGAUGCAGGAGAUAGUGGUAGAAGAAGGUGUUAUCCGUGGUCUCUACAAGGGGCUUAGCAUGAACUGGGUGAAAGGACCCGUGGCAGUGGGAAUAAGCUUCACUACCUUUGAUUUAACACAGAUCCUCCUGAAAAAGCUGCAGCAAGUCUCUGAUAUCCAGAGGUAGAUGGAUGAGGCGAAAGGACAGACCCUCAAUCUCUUCAUUUUGGUGGAGAAUCACCACCAUUAAAGCACUAAUUAAUCUUCACCCACAAACCUGCGUGCUAAAACAUGCCCUCUAUAAUCAGACACCAAAUGGUGUUACUACUGGCUUCCACAAAAAGCCAUUAAUCUAAAUAACGAAUAAAAGAAAGGAUAACGAUGAUACGUGGGCUUUUAGGUUAACUCCUUAAUAAACACAAUGCUUGAAUGUAGAGUGGAUUACACUCCAAUAAGUAAGUAUACAUUGCAAUGCAACAAGGUCAGAAGCAACAUUUCAGUGUGGCUCAUGUAUAAAGGAGCACUCCAAGCUAACAGGUCAAUAAAAUAUGCCACGAGCAUUAUCUUUGCCACCUUUUUCCAGCAAUGCCAAAUGAGAAUAAAAUCUCUUUACCUGCUAAUGUUUACUACAGAAAUACUGCUAAUUCGACAUCAAAUUCAUUUUUACAUAGAAAACAUUGCUAUCACUCCUUUUUUCCCUGUGAGAAGUAUUCUGCACUUAUUACCUGGGAGAUUACCUGGAACAGCACAAGCCAAACUAACAGCAGCUUUCCUCUGUUAGGUUUUUAAGCUACUUCAGUUUUAUGCCAAUGGGUGAGAAGUUUGCAGUCUUUGCAUUUGAAAUGUGCGUCAUUGCAGUUUGCCUUUAAGAACAAAACCGAAUUUCUUGCAGCAGCAGAGUUUUUGCAGUGCAAGGUCUGGGCACAUAACCAUGGGUUAUGUGCCCGCAUGUCUGUGCAAAACAUAUUGGUGCACACUUGCCCCAUGUUCUAUGGACCUCAUUCCCACUGCAAGGAAUAUCAUCAGUAUGGUGCACCUGUAGUAUAACUAUUAAAAGAACCAGUAACCUCAAUAUAUGUAUUUAAUACAUAGGCUGUCUGCACUACUGAAAUACUACAGCGUUUUUAAAAACACUGAUAUUUUAGUCGUAAGCUUACUCUCAAAUUUUUAGGGCUUUUGAGGCCAAGUCAUGAACAUACAUUACCCUGUCAGAUUUUUUUUUUUAUCCAGGAGAUAAAACACGUCUGCCAUUCAGGAACAGAUGUGUAAAUAUAUUACAAUUAAAACACCCUGAAGCAAAGAAAGACCUCACUUUAUGGUGUAUGUGUUAAUCUACUAUUAUGCCAAGUUUGUCUGCACAUAAUGUCCUGCAGCAUCCUAAGCAAAUCAUUUGGGUGUCAUUUACAAAAGCACUGGAUCAAUUGACACCUGGGCAGUAAACCAAAGCAACUAAUCAAUAGUUAGCAUUGUUCAGUCAACUUCAGGUAGAACAAAGAAAGCACAUUUUAUUGGUUGCUGUGGGUUACUGCCUUGAUGCAAAUUUGCCUAUUGUUCAUAACUGAGCCCCAGCAUUCUGUGUUUUUCAGUCUGAGGCUGUCUUUGCCCAAAAGAAUACUAAAUCUACCCAUCUCUUUCCAUAAGGACCUCAAAUGAACAUUUCUUCAUAGAGUUUAGAACAAUUAUCACAGGUGGUUUCAGUCAUUCUAACAGACAAAUCCCUAGGUUUCAGAAACCCAGUAUAGAAAUAUAAUUACAGGUAUAGGAUCCCUUAUCCGGAAACCCGAUAUCCAGAAAGCUGCCUAUUGGGUUUAUUUCAUGUUUAAAUGAAUUUCUAGUAGACUUAAGGAAUGAAGACCCAAAUUACAGAAAGAUCCGUUAUCCGGAAAACCCCAGGUCCCGAGCAAUCUGGAUAACAGGUCCCAUACCUGUAAUAGAAUGAAGUCUAACUCCACACCCAUUGCUGAUCAUAGUGGUUCAUUCCGUGAAUUUCAUAAGUCAGUUUUGCAAUAGUGAAUGAACACUUCAGGGGGUGGGGGGGUCUCAACGUUCCUCCCUUCAUACUACAUUUGCAUCAUACAGAUGCUGUGCAUCAUGGGUACACUACUACACACUGCAAUGUUGACUACUCUGUUGCUGAAAGAGUGAAGGUUUUUUUUUUUUUUAACAAAAUAUGCCAAAAGUAUAUGCUUUCUGUCCAGUGUUCAGUUGUGUUGCAGUGGCAGCACUUUUAGUAAGUUUAUAUAAUAUAAAACUAUAUUUUAAAUAUGUGCCAAGAAAAUGUAUAUUUAAUAAAGAAUGAACUAUC